AUGCUUGCAAAACAUAAAGAAGCGUUUAAUGGUUCUGGCAAUGUAGUUGGCAAAUUAGAAGAUAUGCUCAAAGAUUAUGUUAAUGUGUUCGAGCAACUAAGAAAUUUGCUUAAUGAUUAUAGCACAAUGUUUGAUGAACUACUUAACUUUUUUAACAAUCUGAUGAAGAAACUACUUGAACUUUUUAAUGAUUUGCUGGUGAUACUGAUUAAUUAUUUGAAUAGUAUAUACGAAAAGCUAACGGAGAAUCUAAAAGAUGUACUUCGAUAUUUUGUUAAAAUGAUGCUUACAGAAAAGAAGGUUGAAAAGAUGCUAAUGGGGAUGAUUAAAAAUUUAAUUGAUGAUCAGCUAAAGAAAACGUCAAAAAAGCCGUUCAUAGAUUUCAAAUUAGCGUUAGAAUAUGAAACAAAAGAUGUAUGUGACGAUGAUGGGGAAAAAUAUUUGGCAAUUUUUACGAAUCUAUCGUUAAAUGCUUCAUAUAAUAAAGCUUCGUCAGAUGGUUCAGAAGAGGAGGUAAUUUAA